GCGGUCAUUGAGGCAAUCAUCGCCGUGAUUCCUAAUUGUUUCUUGGCAGGGUUGGAAACCACCGGGGAAAAGGCUCAUAUGAGUGCGCCUCCGCUGAUCCGUGCGCCCAGCCCGCUCCCGUUCUCAGGGGGGACAAACAACACCAACACCGGCACCGGGGGAGGAGGAGGAGGAGGAGGGGGAGGUGGAGGUGGAGGAGGUGGAGGAGGAGGAGGUGGUGUGAUCUCCUUCCACAUCCAGAUCGGACUGAGCCGGGAGCCGGUGCUGCUGGACGCCGCAGAGCUCAGCCUCAGCCAGGUCCGGGAGGUGGCGUGUUCCAUCGUGGACCAGAAGUUACCAGAGUGCGGCUUCUACGGGAUGUACGAGAAGAUCCUGCUGUUCCGUCAUGACCAGAGCUCAGAGAACGUGCUGCAGCUGCUGCGCUCCGCCUCGCAGAUCCAGGAGGGAGACCUGGUGGAGGCCGUGCUGUCAGCUUCGGCCACAGUCGAGGACUUCCAGAUCCGUCCGCACUGUCUGUUCGUCCACUCGUACCGAGCGCCGGCCUUCUGCGACCACUGUGGAGAGAUGCUGUGGGGCCUCGUACGACAGGGACUCAAAUGUGAAGGUUGCGGUCUGAAUUAUCACAAACGUUGUGCCUUUAAGAUCCCCAAUAACUGCAGCGGGGUGAGGAGGCGUCGCCCGUCCAACGUCUCCCUGACGGGGGGGCUGGUCAACUUGGCCCGGCCCCUCUCUGCCGAACCCUCGCCCCCCCACUACACCGACGAUGCUUUACUGUCGCCAGUCAGUCCCAGCAUGGAGCAGAAGAACCAAUUAGAUUACUUCCCGGGACGAGAGCGGCGCUCCAGCUCGCAGUCGUACGUCGGACGUCCCAUCGAACUGGACAAGAUCUUGCUGUCGAAGGUCAAAGUUCCUCACACCUUCCUGAUUCACUCGUACACGCGACCCACCGUCUGCCAGCACUGCAAGAAGCUGCUGAAAGGCCUCUUCAGACAGGGGCUGCAGUGUAAAGAUUGUAAAUUUAACUGUCAUAAACGAUGUGCUCCCAAAGUGCCAAACAACUGCCUGGGAGAAGUUUCCAAAAAUGGAGAACUCCUGAGCCCGGGGGCGGAGUCAGACGUCGUCAUGGUGGAGGGUUGCCUCGACGACCACGAUGGCGACCGAGGUGGCGGCCUGCUGGAUGACAUGGAUGAGGCGCUGACAUCAGAGGGGGGUCUCCUGCUGGAGGCGGGGCCCAGUGACCUCUGUGACCCGCACGACCCCGACCUGGACGAGUCCAACCGGGCCAUAAGCCCGUCGACCAGUAACAACAUCCCUCUGAUGCGGGUCGUCCAGUCCGUCAAACACACCAAGAGGAAGAGCAGCAACGUGAUGAAGGAGGGAUGGAUGGUGCACUACACCAGCAAGGACACUCUGAGGAAGAGACAUUACUGGCGGCUGGACAGUAAAUGCAUCACGCUGUUUCAGAACGACACAGGAAGUAAAUACUACAAGGAGAUCCCUCUGUCAGAGAUUUUAUCUCUGGAACCUGCUCAGACCUUCUCUCUGCUUCCCGAUGGAGCCAAUCCCCACUGCUUCGAGAUCACCACGGCCUCGCUGGUUUACUACGUUGGAGAGAAUCUGCAGAGAUCUGAUUCAUCUGUGACGGGCAGCAGCGUUCUGAUCAGCGGGGUGGGGCAGGAUGUGUCUCGGAUGUGGGAGAUGGCCAUCCAGCACGCUCUGAUGCCGGCCGUCUCUACGGGAAUUUCUCACAGUUCUCACCGCAGCGGACACAAGGAAAUUUCCAUCAGUAUUUCUGUCUCCAACUGCCAGAUCCAGGAGAAUGUGGAUAUCAACUCUGUGUAUCAGAUCUUCCCGGAUGAGGUUCUGGGCUCAGGACAGUUUGGCAUCGUUUACGGAGGUAAACACAGGAAGUCCGGCCGAGACGUUGCCAUCAAGAUCAUCGACAAACUCCGCUUCCCCACCAAACAGGAGAGCCAGCUGCGCAACGAGGUGGCCAUCCUACAGAGCCUGCACCACCCGGGCGUGGUCAACCUGGACUGCAUGUUCGAGACACCGGAGCGAGUGUUCGUCGUCAUGGAGAAGCUCCACGGAGACAUGCUGGAGAUGAUCCUGUCCAGUGAGAAAGGACGACUGCCCGAGAGGAUCACCAAGUUCCUGGUCACACAGAUCCUGGUGGCUCUGCGUCAUCUUCACUUCAAGAACAUCGUCCACUGUGAUCUGAAACCUGAAAACGUCCUGCUGGCGUCUGCAGAUUCACUUCCACAGGUGAAGUUAUGCGACUUUGGAUUUGCUCGAAUCAUCGGUGAGAAGUCGUUCCGGCGUUCGGUGGUCGGCACGCCGGCGUACCUCGCUCCGGAGGUCCUGAGGAACAAAGGCUACAACCGCUCUCUGGACAUGUGGUCAGUCGGAGUCAUCAUCUACGUCAGCCUCAGUGGGACAUUCCCAUUUAAUGAAGAUGAAGAUAUCAACGAUCAGAUCCAGAACGCUGCCUUCAUGUACCCUCCACACCCCUGGAAGAAAGUCUCUCAGGAAGCCAUUGACCUGAUUAACAACCUACUGCAAGUUAAGAUGAGGAAGAGAUACAGUGUUGACAAAACCCUCAGUCACCCUUGGUUACAGGACUACCAAAUGUGGCUGGACCUGCGGAACCUGGAGUGCCGGAUGAACGAGCGCUACAUCACCCACGAGAGCGACGACCUGCGCUGGCAUCACCACGCCCAGCUCAGUGGCCUCGACUACCCCACCUACCUUGGCAACGGUCCCUGCAGCGAUGGCGGACAGGGGAUGGAGCGUUACCGUGAGCAGGAGGAGGAGCUGGAGACCCUCAGCGAGAGGGUCAGCGAACUUUGAGGGUGUGGGGGGUUCACGUGAAAAGUUUUGCCCCAACACGAAGAAAUAGCGACUGUAACAGCACAAAAGCACAAAAUUAGAAAUGAGAUAUUUUAAGAUCAGUUACAAAUUUUUACAAAAAACAAACAGAAUAACAUUAAAAUAUAACAGAUAGCAGAUAAUUAAAAUGUCCUUCACAGUCCAUUAAACCAAAAAUUCAAACCAAACUUACGCUGUAGACCUGCUUCUUUUCUACGGAAGUGCAUUGCAAUUAAAUUAGAGAUGUUAUCUCAUAAUUAUGACUAUGAUUUUGUAAUUAUAAUAAAAUAUCUCUGCGAUGUAGCUUCAGCUAGAUGUCCCACAAGACCCUUAUCUCAUAUUCAAGAUCCUUGUUUCGUAAUUUUAAGGUAAAGAUGCUGUAAUUUUUUUUGUAUUACAAGGUUAGAUCUCGUAAUUAUUUCACCUAGUGAUUACAAGAUCCUUGUUUCAUAAUUAUAAGAUAAAUAUUUUAUAAUUAUUCUCUAUUGUUUAUGAGAGCCCUGUUUCGGAAUUACAACAGAAGAAUUUCGUUAUUAUUUUUAGAUUAUAAUAGCCUUGUUUCAUAAUCACAAGGUAAAUAUCUCGUAAUUUAUUAUUAUUAUUAUUAUUUGUAUCUUUCUGUAAUUAUGAGAUACUUGUUUUGUAAUCAUGAGGGAAGGAUAUUGUGUAUUAUAUAAUUAUUUUAUCUCAUAAUUAUGAGAUCCCGGUUUAAUUAUCACAGGUUAAGGAUCUCAUAGUUAGUUACUUAUUUUAUCUCGUAAUUAUGAAGUCUUUGUUUCAUGGUUACAAGGGUAGGAUCUUGAAAUUCGUUUUAUCUGUUUGCAUUACAAGGUUAGAUCUCAUAAUUAUUUUAUCUCUUGAUUAUGAGACUCUUGUUUCAUAAUCAUGAGGUAAAGAUGUUAUAAUCAUUUUAUCUCUGUUAAGUUAUCACAAGGAUCUCAUAGUUAUUUUAUCUUGUAAUUAUGGCAUCCUUGUUUUGUAAUUUCAAAGAUUUUACAAAUAAGGUAUCAAUAUGUAUCUGUAUUGUACUGUUUAAACAAGCAAGCAAAUAGAUAAACUUACCAUGAGAAUUAUACCUAAUACUUACGAAACAAGGAUCUCAUUAUAAAACAAUAUGGAUCUUGUGAUUAUAAAAUACUGAGUCAAAAUGAUAAUAUAAUAGAUUUAUCAAUAAAAUAAAUACAUGGUCCAUAUCUCAUAAUCAUAAGUUUUGUCUGUAUUGCCUCUGUUAAACAAAAUAGGUAAAAUAAUUAAUUCAAAAUUACAAAACAAGGUUCUCAUAAUUACAUGAUCAAAUAAUUAAGAGAUCCUUACUUUAUAAUCACUUGACAAGGACCUAUAAUCAUGAGUUAUGGAUCUUUUGAUUGUAAGACAUAUCAUUCUGAAAUGCUGAGUCAUAAUUAACAAAUAAUAUAUUUUUUCCUCUAGUGAAUGUCAUGCAAUUUACUUUUCAACCUUGACCCAUAGUUAUUUAUCAAAAGACAAUCAGGAAAAAAAUCUGAAAAACAUCUUUCAUUUAUAUUUGGAAACCAUGAAACUUCCCAGUUUGUGCCCCUCUCCUAAUCAUCACUUUUCUAUUUGAGACGUUGUACUGAUGAUUAUGGUCAAGUUGAGGAAAUAAGCCACAACUGUCAUCAAAAUUAAAUGAGUAUAUCAUGAAACACGGAGGCAGGUCAUUAAUCUAAAUUUAGGAAGGGUUUUAAGACAUGAUCCAUAAUUUUCUGACUCUUUGCUGGUAAAGUAAAGUAGAAUUUUGAGCCAUUUCUACGGUUGUGCUCUCUCAGUCACCGUACAUUUUACUUACAUUUUCUAUUAGUUUUCACCCUGUGUACAAUACAUAUUUAAGUGCUUAAUCAAUAAAAAUAUACAUACAUGAAUCAAUAGUGAAAAUAAUGACAAAGAAAAUCAUCCCUCAGUCCUGGCAGAAAAGUCUCUUUUUGUGUAAUGUAUAAUUAUUUAAAGUGAAAAAUUAAACUAAAAUUAAAACUCUACUAUUGACAGUUGACCUUCAUAAUAUAAAUAUAGUUCUUGAUGUUUUCCAUUGUAGGAAAGCAGUGAAAGGUCAGGGGUCAGGGUUUCAUUCCAAAAACAAAAUAUCCAAAAUAAUGAAAUUAUUUACAGAUAAACCGGCUGCUGCAGCCAUUAAAACAAUUCAUUAUAUGGAGUUGGAGUACUCUUGGUUUCAGGUAUAAUGGAUAUGUAGCAUUUUGGAAUGAAAAUCCUCAGUUGCUCAAAAAUCAAUGCCAACAAAAAAAACCAAAAACAACAAGAGAAAAAUAUUUAUCAGUAUUUUUCUGGUUCUGUUUUUCCAAACACUGUAUCCACAGUUAUCUAACACCGACAGAAGUGUUCAGAUGUUUUUGCAUCACCAUGAUUUAUUUAUUUAUUUAUUUAUUAAUCUUUGUGAGAUUUUAAUUUGACAAAUCCAAGGCUCUGUCUGGACAGUAGCAGAGCUUUCAGUGUGUGUUGCUAACUGUGGUUUAAGAACUAAAUGGCUGCCCGUCACUCAGUCUGAAGGCAAUUAAACAUUCAAGUCUUUUUUCAGAGAAAACAUUGACUAAACUCAAUUUAAAAAAAAAAGAGGAAAACUCCUGUUUUCCAAAAAAAAAAAAAACAGCAUGUUUGGCAGCAGGUUCACCUGAAUGUACCGAUGUUUUCAGUUUUUCAGCACAUUUACUGUACAUAUAACCGAUGUACACACUGUUCUAGCUUUUAAUGGACACAAAUUCAAGGCCAUGAUCACUCUGGAAGCUUUUUGGAAUCGGUUUUGUUUUUAUCUCCAACUUCUGCCUUGUAAAACUUUUCAAUGUUGAGAAUUUUAGGAAUUUUACCUGGAGUCAAGUUUCUCAGUUUUACCUACAGAACACUACAAGGACUGUAGGUAGAGCUCUUAAAUAAUGAUAAUAAUGAAACACUUUUUGAUAGUUAGCUGAUGCUAGCUAGAUACUAUGAAAGCAGUUUUCCAACUUGCUGUUUGCUUUAAAUUUCAGUAAAAGGAAAAGAAGCUUCUCACGUGAUCAUGGCCUCAGUUAAACUCUGUUGGUCUAGUGUUGCCUUGCUUACUAGUAAACAUACAAAAAAAAUUGAAAUGUUAAAAAAUGCAACCUGAUCUCACAGGAAUGAUCACAACCUCUUAACUCUGCAUUACGUGGUGGUGGCACGUAAUGUGUUAAAAUUAUGUACGUUAGGAGCAGCGUUGCCAGAUGUACAAUAGUUAGCAUACACUUAUUUUGCCCUCUGUGCGAUGUAAGGUCAAUAAUGCAAAUGUACAAUAAUUUGAUCAUUUUAGUGACAUUUAGUAUUAGUGCAGGGUAACCUGUAUGCGUUACAUCCACAAGUUGCGUCAAUUUCUGCCUUUUCUGUGAUACGUCUCCUUCGUUAAGAUAUUUUAAAUUAGUAAUUUAGAAAUGUUUUUUGAGUCGCAUUUCUGAACGUACAUCUUCGGAGUGGGAUGUUAUGGUGCGUCCAUGAGCGUAGCAGCAGACUAUGUUUUCUGAAAUUACACAUUUAUGCCUAUUUGUUCUCUUGGUUAUGACUCAUGUACAAUCAUUUUCCUCAAAAUACGAUCCUCAGUGACUUUUCAUUGUCAUUGUUCAUGGUACCGGCAUGUAAUUUUAACACAUUAUGUGACGCCACCACCUAGUGCAGUGUUAAGAGGUCGGGGUCAUUUCAUGUAUUUCUGUGAGAUCAGGCCUUAACAUGUUUACCUUCAAAUGUAGCAACUCACAUCGUCAAAGUUUAACUUUCCGACUACACGAUUUUCAGCCCAAUAAUGCCUCAAUGACGUACGUGCGUGGGGUGUGAUAAACAACAAUUUGUAUUGGGAGUGACGUUAGCAUGUUUUUUAUCCCGUGUAGUGUAUCAUAGUGGAAGACAACCAAUGCAGCAUGGGGGACUCUAAUUUCAAUCAGUGGAUUUACUCUCAGAGGUGAAAUAAAUCCACACAGAGUUUUCUUGUGGACUUCCAAUUGUAAUAAACUUUUAGAUGCAGAUUUGCGCCAUUUACCACUUUCAAUCUGUUGUGACAUUGUUGACCUUGAAGGCAAUAAAGAGCCAGGGAGUCAAAAAUGGAGGAAGCUAUCAAAUUAGCCGUGUCGUGUCAUCAAAUUGUAUAUAACUAUGCUCUUUAGCUUAAUUGACUCCGCUAGAACACCAACAACCACUAGUCGGCCCUCUGUUCCUUCCUUGAGGUUUUUGCUGUAUCAGGAAGAGCUCAUGUUUACAAUAAUACGGAGUCUCCAAAUGUCAUAUUUGGAAAUCUGUCUGGAACUUUUCAUGAAAAAAACCUGUACAAUUGUCUUACUAUGUGUUAUCUUCUUCAAAUGUGAGGCAGGUAUUCACUGGUGUUCAGUUUACAGCCUCAUACUGCCUUCCACCUUAACACAGGCAGGCAUUGACACUAUUAAAAAAAAACAUUUUUAUUUUUUAGGUGGAUAACAUUUUUACAUUUUUACUUAUUUUAAAGAUGUUCUGUAUCACCUCAAGAGUUUUCCUGUCUGGCAAGACCUUAUUUAUGCAUAUAGUCACUGUAGUUCACAAGCUACAGACAUUUUCAUUUCUGUUUUUGGGUUAUUUCAGGUGUUUUUCCUCCAAAAAAAAGAAUUGGAGUUGAAGAGAUCAAGAGACAUGGUUUGUAUAAAGAUGUGAGGCAGCAGUUUGUGUCUAGAAUAAACUGAAGAGAUUUUUUAUACAUUACCAAAUCAGGUAGCUUGCCAAGCCUUCAAGGCACUAGUAUGCUACCAGCUAUGCUAGCACAUUACCCUUCACUUUCCAGCAACAGUAACUCACUAACAGGCCCUGCGAGUAGUCACUAUAUAAUCUGUUUUUAAGGAUGAAUAUUGCUGCAUCGCUUUCUGCUCUUACCAGGCACUAAGCAUGUGUUUUUAUUUUUAUAUAGAAGGCUAAAGGGAACAAAACAUUAGCUUUUGUUCUUCCUUUUUUUUUUUUUCUUG